ACCGCGCUCCCCUCCGUGUGUCGCGGGGACCUCGGAAAGGUCCCCGGUGCCCGAGGACUUGUGCACGCAGCCAUGGGCGGCGUCGGGGAGCCCGGCGGGGGGCCGGGGCCGCGCGAGGGGCCCGCGCGGCUUGGGGCGCCGCUGCCCACCUUUCACUGGGAGCAGAUCCGCCCGCACAACCUGCCGGGCGACAUGUGGCUGGUCAUCGAGCGCCGCGUCUACGACAUCAGCCGCUGGGCACAGCGGCACCCGGGGGGCAGCCGCCUCAUCGGCCACCACGGCGCUGAGGACGCCACGGAUGCCUUCCAUGCCUUCCAUCAGGACCUCAAUUUUGUACGCAAGUUCCUGCAGCCCCUGCUGAUUGGAGAGCUGGCCCCAGAGGAGCCCAGCCAGGAUGGACCCCGGAAUGCCCAGCUGGCCGAGGACUUCCGAGCCCUGCGCCAGGCAGCCAAGGACAUGAAGCUGUUCGAGGCCAAGCCCACCUUCUUUGCCCUGCUGCUGGGCCACAUCCUGGCCAUGGAGGUGCUCGCCUGGCUCAUCAUUUACCUCCUUGGCUCUGGCUGGGUGCCCAGCACCCUCGCCGCCCUCAUCCUGGCCAUUUCCCAGGCUCAGAGCUGGUAUCUGCAGCACGACCUGGGCCACACCUCUGUUUUCAGGAAGUCCCGGUGGAACCACCUGGCCCAGCAAUUUGUGAUGGGACAGCUGAAGGGCUUCUCUGCCCACUGGUGGAACUUCCGCCAUUUCCAGCACCAUGCCAAGCCCAACAUCUUCUACAAAGACCCAGAUGUGACCUUGGCACCCGUCUUCCUCUUGGGCGAGUCAUCUGUUGAGUACGGCAGGAAGAAACGAAGAUACUUACCCUACAAUCACCAGCACCUGUACUUCUUCCUGAUCGGCCCACCGCUGCUCACCCUGGUGAACUUUGAGGUGGAGAAUCUGGCCUACAUGUUGGUGUGCAUGCAGUGGAGGGACUUCCUCUGGGCCGCCAGCUUCUACUCCCGCUUCUUCUUGUCCUACCUCCCCUUCUACAGCGUUUCUGGGGCGCUGCUCCUCUUCGUGGCCGUCAGGGUCCUGGAGAGCCACUGGUUCGUGUGGAUCACGCAGAUGAACCACAUCCCCAAGGAGAUUGGCCAUGAGAAGCACCGGGACUGGGCCAGCUCGCAGCUGGCAGCCACCUGCAAUGUGGAGUCCUCCCUGUUCAUCGACUGGCUCAGCGGGCACCUCAACUUCCAGAUCGAGCACCACCUCUUCCCCACGAUGCCUCGGCACAACUACCACAGGGUCGCACCGCUGGUCAAGGCGCUGUGUGCCAAGCAUGGGCUCAUCUACGAAGUGAAGCCCUUCCUCACCGCCCUAGUGGACAUCGUCGGGUCCCUAAAGAAGUCUGGCAACGUCUGGCUGGAAGCCUACCUCCAACAGUGAAGGCAGUACCCAGGGCCCCAGCAACACCAAGCCGGCUCAGGCAGGCUUGACAGCCCCUACCCCUACCAGGGCCUGGGGGGCCCCACUCCCCUCCUGUUCCUGUUGUCUUCUCCUCGGCCCUCUUGUCUGUCUGUUCGACAGCCCCAAGGCCACGGUUCUCAGCCCAACAGGACAGGGGCUAUGGCGAUGGUACAUAAAGCCACAUGGUGAGCAUGGCAUGUUUCCUUGGAGCAAAAACUUAGGGAAAACUGUUAUUUUUAUAUAAAAAACAAACCCAGAUAUAUU